AUGACUCGCUCACGCAUGGGAGGACCACCAUGCACCAUCGUGAUCAAGCUUGGAACCUCUUCCAUCGUUCAUGAAACGACACAUCAGCCACUGUUGUCGACCUUGUCUUCCAUCGUGGAAACUGUUGUGCAACUCAAGAGACAGGGGCACAAAGUCGUCCUCGUGAGCUCUGGCGCCAUUGGGGUCGGAUUAAAGCGCAUGGACAUGCUCAAUCGACCAAAGAGUCUUUCUGGGAAGCAGGCAUUGGCAGCGAUUGGGCAAGGAAGAUUAAUCGCAUUAUGGGAUAACCUCUUCGGGCAAUUGGAGCAGCCGAUAGCACAAGUUCUCUUGACGAGAGGCGACAUCUCGGAUCGAACGCGGUAUCUCAACGCCGUCAACACCUUCAAAGAAUUACUCUCGAUGGGUGUCGUCCCAAUCGUUAACGAGAACGACACGGUCUCCGUCAGCGAAAUCAAAUUUGGAGAUAAUGAUACCCUUUCUGCCAUAACCUCUUCAAUGAUUCAUGCGGACUACCUCUUUCUUCUGACGGACGUGGACGGGCUCUAUACAUCGAAUCCACGAAAAGAUCCUUCUGCGAAGCAGAUCGAGGUAGUGAAUUCGAUAUCUGCCAUACGUUUGGAAGUUAGUACCACGACGCUCGGCUCCAGCCUUGGGACUGGAGGGAUGGAGACAAAACUCAUUGCAGCUGAAAUCGCCACGGCAGCUGGUGUAACGACCAUUAUUACCUCAAGCAAAAGACCAGAAAAUAUCUUCAGCAUCAUCGAAUACCACGCACGAUAUUCUCCCAUGACACGGCCACUCUCUGCUUCAACGGCUUCUCUCCCUUCGCCAGGUCAUGAUACCUCUGGUCCCCAACACCAACAAUAUAGCUCCAGCACACCAUCUAGCGGCACCUCUUCCCCUGCUCCCCUUCCACGUCCUCCACACACUUUAUUUACGGCGUCACCAACGCCCAUGCGAGAUCUAAAAUCAUGGACUAGCCACACGCUGUUCCCAUCCGGUAGCGUGAUCAUCGACGCAGGUGCACAUUACGUCCUGUCAAAACGUGAAUCGGGUGGCAGGUUGCUCGCGGCAGGCGUGGUGGGUGUCGUAGGCGCAUUUGCUUCUGGUCAGGCUGUGAGAAUUGUCAUUCGUCGCCAUGGAGGGCAGCAGGAAGAUGAGAGGAAAGCAUACGCACGGGCGCUUGAGAUCACCCGCCCGAAUACGCCCACUCAAUGGAGCAGUGAGGUUUCGGAAGAUGACUUGACACCUGCCCAACGCGAGGAAGAGGUCGCACAUGUAGAGGAAGACAUACUAGAGGUUGGGAGGGGUUUAGCAAACUACAACUCGGCGCAGAUUGUCAGAGUGAAAGGAUUGAAUAGCUCACAUCUUUCUCAGGUGCUUGGUUAUGCAGAUUCAGAGUAUGUCGUAGAGAACAUCACCAUCCGCGUCCCGCCUUCGGUUUCUUGA